AUGGCGCAGCAGCAGAGAGGCCGAGACGAUGGUCUUCGGCAGCAGGAAGCUGGGGAAGACCUGCAGCAGGAGGAGCAGCAGCAGGAGGAGCAGCAGCAGAAGCAGCAGCAGCAGCAGCAGCAGCGGAAGGAGGCCAUAGCUGCCUCGGAGUCGACCGAGGGCUCCCCACAGACGAACGGCACGCGCGCCGCCAGCAGCAGCAGCAGCAGCAGCAGCAGCAGCAGCUGCGGGGGCCGGGGGGCCCCGAGUGUGGGGUCGCCGGCGAGCGCAGCAACAGCAGCAGCAGCAACAGCAGCAGCAGUUAAGCGCGAGGGGCCCCGCAGACGCGGCAGCACUUGGCUGGAGCUCUUCUCCCUCAGCCGCUGGAGGGCCCCCAGCAGCAGCAAGCAGCAGCAAGGGGCCAUUCAGCUGGCCCAGGCCUUCGGGGCCCCCAACCAGCCCGGCAGACCCGUAAACCCUAAACCCUAA